AUGCACCUCUGCCUGCUUUACCAGCAGUUGCCACUGGCCCGCUUCCCCUGCGCCCUGGCUUGUGAGGCCACACACUUCCUGCUGGAUGGACAGCCAAGACCUGUGGCCCUGAGGCAGCCCAGCCCCGCUCACCCCGUCAUGGCAGAUCUCGGCGGCCGAGAGGUGGAACUGUACCUGCCGCUGCGGGUCCCGUGGGCCGGCCGCUAUGUGGUCGUGGUCGAGUAUUCCACGGAGGCAGAGCAGAUGUCUGUAGCCGACGUGCACGUGGGGAGCCCGGGGCCAGGCCUGGCCGGCCAGGUGACCAUCUACAGCUGCCAGCACAGCGUCCUGUGCCGGAGCGCCCUGACCGACGGCCGGGGCCGCCUGGCCACCUACGAGCUGCUUGCUGACGCGGACGUCCGGCUCAGAGUCCGCAGCGCCCGGCUCCUCCUGCAUCAGAUUUGUAUCAUUCCCAUCGAAGAAUUCUCAACGGAAUAUUUGAAACCUCAAGUGAGAUGCAUCGCCAGUUACGGGCCAUUUGCGAACCAAAGGGCCACGUGUCUCUCCGUGUCCCCCGAAACUCCUCCAGCAGCACUGAUUUUGGAUGCCCCACCUGGGGGGCCUCCCCCUCUCCUGCCCCAGGAUCCUUCUCCUUCCACUGAUGUGGUUACUGGCUUCACCAUGGAGUCACCACAGAGCCAAGUGACCCUGAGAGGACGCGUGCCACGCCCCGGCCGCUACGUCAUCGUCAUCCACUUCUACCAGCCAGCACACCCCGCGUUCCCCGCAGAGGUGUCUGUGGACGGAGGGCGGCGCUGGCCAGGCGUCUUCCGUGCCUCCUUCUGUCCCCACGUGUUGGGCUGCCAGGACCAGGCCAUCACCAGAGACCAGCCUGAGUUCGCCGUCUGGGAGCCGGAGGUGGCUGUGACUGUGAAGGUUCCGGAAGGAAAGUCCUUAGUGCUGGUCCGCAUCCUCCUGGUGCCCGCGGAGAACCACGCCUACCAGACCCUCCACCCGCAGUCGGUGGACAAGUCCCGCGAGUUCGUCGCCAACUGUGGAGGGAACAGCUUUUAUAUUGAUCCCCAGACGGCUUCCAGGUUCUGUAAGGACUCUGCCAGGUCCCUGGCAGUGCUCUACCACGAGGGUGCGCUGCCCUGUGAGUGCCACCCCACCGGUGCUGCUGGCCCUCACUGCAGCCCCGAGGGCGGGCAGUGCCCUUGCCAGCCCGGCGUCAUCGGUCGGCAAUGCACCCGCUGUCGGACGGGCUACUACGGAUUCCCACGCUGCAAACCGUGCAGCUGCGGCUGGCGCCCCUGCGAGGAGACAACGGGGCGAUGCCUCUGCCCUCCGCGCACAGCCGGGUCCCAGUGCCAGGUCUGCGACGCCCACUCCUUUGGCUUCCACCCCUGGGUGGGCUGCCAGCCCUGCAACUGCUCCAGCGUGGGCACGGCAGGCAUGGUGGGCACCCCUGAGUGCCACCCGGACCACGGGCAGUGCAGGUGCAGGCCCAGAAUCUCAGGGUGGCGUUGUGACCGAUGCGCUCCUGGGUUUCACCGCUUCCCCGAGUGCGUCCCCUGCCGCUGCAGCAGAGACGGGACGGAGCCCGGAGUCUGCAACCCGGAGACCGGGGCCUGCCUCUGCAAGGAGAAUGUGGACGGUGCCGAGUGCGACGUGUGUCGAGAAGGCUCCUUCCACUUGGACCCGGCGAACCCCCAGGGCUGCACCAGCUGCUUUUGCUUUGGGAUCAGCCGUCACUGCCACAGCACCCACAGACGGAGAGCGAAGUUUGUGGACAUGAUGGGCUGGCGCCUGGAGACAGCGGACAGGGCCCAGAUCCCCGUCUCCUUCAACCCCGGCAGCGGCAGUGUGGUCGCCGACCUCCAGGAGCUGCCCUCCACCGUGCUCAGCGCCACCUGGGUCGCACCUCCCUCCUACCUGGGGGACAAGGUCUCCUCCUACGGUGGCUUCCUCACCUACCAAGUCAAGUCCUUCGGGCUCCCGGCCGACAUGGCCCUUCUGGGGAAGCAGCCAGCUGUGCAGCUCACUGUGGGUACCAGCCCAACUCGAGGGACAGAGCGGGCGGCCGCCGUCGGCACUGAUUCCCUUUAGGGCAGCUUGACGAGGGGCUGCGAAUGUCUCGAUGACGUCGUUUCCAAUAUUUGUAGAAACUAAAUGAAGGGUAGACCAUGCAGUGCCUGCCGGGA